AUGUCAGACCCUGUUUAUAUUGUUGCUGCUAAGAGAACUCCAAUUGGUUCCUUCCAAGGUUGUUUAUCAUCAUUGUCAGCCAUUGAAUUGGGUGCCAUUGCUGUUAAAGCUGCUUUAGAAACUGUACCACAAAUUCCAUUGGAUAAAAUUGAUGAAAUUGUUUAUGGUAAUGUUCUAUCAGCAGGGUUGGGUCAAGCUCCUGCAAGACAAGUGGCCUUGAAAGCUGGUAUCCCAGACCAUGUUGUUGAUUCUACUAUCAAUAAGGUUUGUGCUUCUGGUAUGAAGAGUAUCAUUUAUGGUACACAAGCUAUUAAAUGUGGUACUGCUGGGAUUGUUGUUGUUGGUGGUUGUGAAUCGAUGACUAAUGCUCCUUACUUGAUGCCAAGUGCAAGAGCUGGUUGUAGAUUUGGUGAUAGUACAAUGGUGGAUGUUUUACAAAAAGAUGGGUUGAAUGAUGCUUAUGAUGGAUUAGCUAUGGGUGUUCAUGGUGAAAAAUGUGCCAAGGAUUUCAAUAUCUCUAGAGAGGAACAAGAUAAUUAUGCUAUUGAAUCUUAUAGAAAGGCUCAAACGGCUCAAGCUAAGGGUAAGUUCGAUAACGAGAUUGUCCCGGUCACCAUUAAGGGUAAAAGAGGUAAGCAAGAUGUUAUUGUUACUAAGGAUGAAGAAACUAGUAAGUUAAAUGUUGAGAAAUUGAGAAGUGCAAGAACUGUUUUCCAAAAGGAAAAUGGGACAAUCACUGCGGCCAAUGCAUCUCCGAUUAAUGAUGGUGCCGCAGCUUUGAUUCUAGUUAGCAAAGAAAAUUUGGAAAAAUAUAAUUUGAAACCAUUGGCUAUCAUUAGAGGCUCUGGUGAGGCAGCUCACAAACCUGCUGAUUUUACUUGGGCUCCCACUUUAGCUGUUCCAAAGGCAUUAGCUAAUGCCAGGCUCAAUAAUAUCGAAGAUAUUGAUUAUUUUGAAUUCAAUGAAGCCUUCUCUGUUGUUGGUGUUGUUAAUCCAAAGAACUUAAAGAUCCCACUAGAAAAAGUUAACGUUUAUGGUGGUGCUGUAGCCAUAGGUCAUCCGUUGGGUUGCUCAGGUGCAAGAAUCGUGGUGACUCUAUUGAAUGUCUUGAUUCAAGAAAAUGGGAAAUUAGGUUGUGCUGCCAUUUGUAAUGGUGGUGGUGGUGCUUCCUCCGUUAUUAUUGAAAGAGUAUGA